AUGGCCGAGUUUCUUCCACUGUGUGAUGUACUGUUCAACGUGAUCUCGCUGGCCGGCUACUUUUGCGACGUAGUGUUCGACGUCGUGCUUGGCUACGCACUGUACGAACGACAAAAGUUCGCCUACUUUACCGCUGUUAUUGUAAUUGUCAGUUUUUCUCUGAUGAUUUCUCAGAUCGUGUCUGUUCGGUGGUACUUAAACAAGCGGAAGCUGAGAAGUGCAACUACUGCACAAGUUGGUCCUCCCGGUUCUGAAGAUUGCCGCGACAAUACGGAAAAUAGUUUAGAGAAAAAGAAGAAAAAGAAAAAGGUACCGGACGAAGUAUUGACGAAAACCGCUCGAUACAGCCGGUAUGCUGUACUGGCUUUGCACGCUUCUCAGUUGGGGGUGCUCUGGCGGUACGCCAAACUAUUUGUGCCAGUUGAUCUUCGCCACGUGAAACAUGAAGUGCGCGAUUUGUGUAUGCUGCGGCUGGUUCAUGCGUUCUGCGAAGCUGCACCCAUGCUGCUGUUGCAGUUGUAUGUUCUGGUGAAUUUGCAAAACGAAGAUCAACUCAAUGCACUAAAGCUGAAGGCACUUGCCAGUGGACAUCACCUUUCCGCAACUGCUUUGGUUCAGCAUUCCAGUAUUGCAGAACAGCAGCAAAAAACGUUUCGUGAUUUGAAUAUGGUAUCAGCGACGCUGUCGCUGUUCAGCGUUUGCUGGGCCUUGGCCAGUUUUAGUAAGAAUGUGCGACUGCAGAAUGUUCAUCGGCUGGUGCUGACGUGGUUGGGAGUGAUUUUCCAAUUCCUCUGGCGGUUGGGAACAGUUAUAUCACGUGUGAUAUCGCUGACCGUCUAUGCUUCCGUAUACAGCCACUGGGUGUUUCUCGUUAUCAUUUUACAUUGGUUCUCGAUGUUCCUUUGGCUCAUAUCGCCAAAAAACGUGUUUCAUGGCGAACGGAUAUCCAGGCUAAAGAAAGCCAUGCUUGGUGGACUAAUUGCUUUCGUUUAUAUAUUUGCCUACAUCAAUCUGCAGGAAGUUAAGCAUAGACAGAAAAUGCUUACAUUCUACGUAGUAAUGUUUAUGGAAAAUUGCUUGCUGGUAUGUUUAUGGAUGGUGGGGAUUUGGCAUAACCGACCGGAGGGAUGGUAUAUCAUUCCGAUUUCCGUGCUCUGUAGCUUUGGAACAGGAUUGUUUUUCAUGAUCGUAUACUACCGAUACUUUCAUGUACGUCGGUUAGGUUACGAAGCAGGUGGCCGGGCUCCGUGUGGCGAAGGUGUUAACAAAUGUUGCCAUGAUAUAUGUCGCUGCCGGGAGAGUUCAGAGCAAGUGGAAACUGACAAACCGCUGGGAGGUUGUGGAAAUCAAAAAUAUCCACACGCAAUUCCGGGAGUAUUCAACUGUCGUUUCUCUAAUCCGGUGAACGCUGCCACCAAAAGGAAGAAAAAGAAACCAACCACGUUUGUACCUCCUCCAAAUUUAGCAUUGCAAACAAGUGGAGCGGAGCAAGAGGCUCAAAUUGGUCCAAUGGCAAUUCCAUUCUGGCGAAGACCUCUUCCUAGAUCACAUACAGGAGGAUCAAGUGAAAACGAUGGAAGCAGUGUCAGUUCUAGGGUCAAUAUUCAACAGAAACUGCAAGAAAAGAAACAGAAGCAGUUGGCCGAGUUAAAAAUCAUUGAGGAAGAAAUCAAACAAGGCAAACUGGGUGGGCCCGGUACCGGAACUCUCAGUUCUGGAGAUGACACCAAGGCUACAUUGCCACGUCAACCGAUUCCACGGGCGAAGAAACACAUCGACAUAGAUCCAAUGGAUUGGCGACCAUCGAGUCCGGAUAUGGCUGAAAUUGCUGUUGAAAAGUCCUUCAAUGAUUUGAACCUUUUAUUGGCAGCGAAUUUAGAUGAUGUAAAUAAUUUAAAUAAAUUUAGCACUAACUAUGAUCCCAUUUACAACAGUUUUGGUUUGAAUGGAAUUAACAUCUCGGCGCUGGUUACCAUGAAAAAUGCUGAAGCCCAGCAAGCAGCUGCCAACAAUAGAAACAUGUCACCUAUUUCAUCGCAAAUAUCAGCUACGGAGAGUAACUCGCUGACACGUCAGGUUCAUCCACGUGCAAAAAUUAUGCCAAACAAUGUACCUAGAAACCCAUUCGCUGAAAAUUAUCGUGGAAAUUUUGUGAACUUGUACGCUGAUGCUGCCGCUAAUAAUAACCGACCACCGUCCAUAAGUCCUCGAACCACGGACGUCGCAGCAGCUAAUCGUGCGGUUCUGUACGAUAAUCACAGCCGUUUGUAUAUGGAAGCCAAUCAUCCUAGGCAGAUAUCCGGAACAUACAGUAGUAUGGAAAACGCCGGAACCGAUAAUCUUCCUUUCCCGUACAAUGUUGUUCCGCCACCUCGGAGCAAAUUGGACAGUCGAGCAACGCCAACAAUGCCCAAUAAUGCCAGUGCUACCAAUACGGGCAGUAGCAGUGGUCAUAACAACAGCAACAGCAUCGGCAAAAAUGUCCCGAGUGCUAUUGCCCCGACGACGAUCAACAACCUGAACAACACCAAACGACAAAUGCAACGAGCUAAGACACCGGAAAUCCUACUAGCACCUCAUUAUCUCGAGAAUUCACGAAUCUAUUACGACUGGGUGGCACGGGAGGCGGCGAACCUAAGAAUACAGGAAACCGAACGAAAUCAAUCCGUUGUGAGCAGUGGAGACGAGAAUCUGGACAACAGUCCAGCAGAUGAUGGCCACAAUCAGAACCGUAUCCCUUCGGACAUCGAUAGUCAGGUAUCCUUACCACGCUCGUACACGCUACCACGUGAGUUCAAGUACUAUCGCCGGAAUAAGGGCCGGAAGGUGAUCAAAAACGAGCACUUCAUCGCCAGUACCAACAGCAGUGACGGCGAUGUGGACAGUGGUGACGACAACGAGUCGGAGCACCAUUCCAACAACUCCAACACCAACUCACAGCAACGACUGAAAACUGCAACGCCCAAUUCGAACCACAACACGGCCCACCAGCAGAGAUUGAACAAUCUCAACAAAACGUCAACUGCUAUGCACUAUGGCCAUAAUAUUUCUCCCAGUGCCACCAUACUGGCGAACGGCGGUAACGCAACUAUCAUUUCCGCGACCAACUCGCGGCAGACGCUGAACGCGACUCCGCAAAGCAUGCACAUGGUCAACGGAUACGGUAAUAAUUUGAUAGCGGGUAAUGCCAAGCAUGUUCACAGCUUGGAUCUAAUCAACGGAGUCGAUAGUGCGGUAGCCGGCGCCGGAUCGUCCAACGGAGCAACGGUGUCAUACAACAGUAGGCCGAUGCGUUUACGAAUGUACGGUGCCAAGGGCGGAAUGAUCCGCCAUGAAACUAAGUUAUGA